UCGUGCACACAGCUAUCCUGUACACAUCUCUAAUUUUGCACGAAUAUUUUGUAAUAGCUAUUAGUAAGAACUAAAACAAUGGUUAUUGGCGUCUUCCCGGCGGCCAAGCUCGGCGUCUUGGCCAUCAAGCAAAUCAGCAAGCCGAUAGCCAACGUGAUCAAGUCGAAUGCCAAGUCCAGUCCGUUUUUCAGGAAGUACGUUUGCAUGCCGCCGGCGCAGUUCUAUAACUGGGUGGAGGUGAAGACCAAGAUGUGGGCGCUGAACAUGGGUGGCCGGGUGACUGUCCCACCGCUGAACGAGGCGAUGGCCAUUGAGCUGGGUGCCAAUCUGCUGGGCGAGUUCAUCAUCUUUACGAUCGGAGCCGGUCUUUUGAUCUUCGAGUACUCACGUCAAACCAUCAAGGAGAACAAAAAGAACGAGUUGGCGCAGACGGAGAAGAUGGAGCUGACUAACACGCUGACGGAGAUGAGCUUCCGACUGGAGCGACAGGACGCACAGAUUCGGGAAAUGACGCGAGUGCUGGCUGAUCUAGAUUCGCGCAACAUCUUCCGCUGGCACAAGGAGCCCAUUCAGGAGUACGUGCCUUUCGAUCCCAGCACACCGGACCAGAGCGCCAAUGCCAGACACCCCAAGUCCGCCGAGAGCUUGUAUGACCCGCUGGGCGGCAUGGCCUUCCGUGCCCUGCACUUCCUGGACACGCAAAUCUUCGUGGACGGGCGCAACCGCAAGGGAAAGGAGGCACUGAGGCACCUGGAUGAGGUGGCCGAGCAGCUGGAGCAAUCGUUAGGAGAGGCUGCCAGCGUGACCGUCGCCAGCCCACUACCAACGAAAACAGAGCUAUGACCCAACCGCCGGCUGGAGCAGGAUGUGGCGCUGCUCAUGAUGGCAGUGGCCAUGGAGGAGCAGUGAGGCUGUCCGCUCGUACACAUUCACCCUGCAGACCAUUUCAUCUGUGCUAGUUAUGAUCAAAUCGCGUGUUACCAUUUCGUACUCUAAGCAAAAAAAAGUCAAUAGUUUUGUAUAACUAUUGUACGUUUGUAGUUAUAUUUAUUAAUUUUUAUUGUUACCGCA